AUGAUUGAAGACAAUAAGGAGAACAAAGACCAUUCCUUAGAAAGGGGAAGAGCAACUCUAAUUUUUUCCUUAAAGAAUGAAGUUGGAGGACUAAUAAAAGCACUGAGAAUCUUCCAGGAGAAACAUGUGAACCUGUUACAUAUCGAGUCCCGAAAAUCAAAGAGAAGAAAUUCAGAAUUUGAGAUUUUUGUUGACUGUGAUAUCAACAGAGAACAAUUGAAUGAUAUUUUUCAUCUGCUAAAAUCUCACACUAACGUUCUCUCUGUGAAUCCACCAGAUAAUUUUACUGUGAAGGAAGAUGGUAUAGAAACUGUUCCUUGGUUUCCAAAGAAGAUUUCUGACCUGGACUUUUGUGCUAACAGAGUUCUGAUGUAUGGAUCUGAACUAGAUGCGGACCAUCCUGGCUUCAAAGACAAUGUUUACCGUAAAAGGCGGAAGUAUUUUGCAGAGUUGGCUAUGAACUAUAAACAUGGAGACCCGAUUCCCAAGGUUGAGUUCACUGAAGAAGAGAUUAAGACCUGGGGAACCAUUUUCCGAGAGCUCAACAAACUCUACCCGACCCAUGCUUGCAGAGAGUAUCUCAAAAACUUACCUUUGCUUUCUAAAUUUUGUGGAUAUCGGGAAGAUAAUAUCCCACAAUUGGAAGAUGUCUCAAAUUUUUUAAAAGAGCGCACGGGGUUUUCCAUUCGUCCUGUGGCUGGUUAUCUAUCACCAAGAGAUUUCCUAUCAGGUUUAGCCUUUCGAGUUUUUCACUGCACUCAAUAUGUGAGACACAGUUCAGAUCCCCUCUAUACCCCAGAACCAGAUACCUGCCAUGAACUCUUAGGUCAUGUUCCCCUCUUGGCCGAACCUAGCUUUGCUCAGUUCUCCCAAGAAAUUGGCCUGGCUUCUCUUGGAGCUUCAGAGGAGGCUGUUCAAAAACUGGCAACGUGCUACUUUUUCACUGUGGAAUUUGGUCUGUGUAAACAAGAUGGGCAGCUAAGAGUCUUUGGUGCUGGCUUACUUUCUUCUAUCAGUGAGCUCAAACAUGCACUUUCUGGACAUGCCAAAGUAAAGCCCUUUGAUCCCAAGAUUACCUGCAAACAAGAAUGUCUAAUCACAACUUUUCAAGAUGUCUAUUUUGUAUCUGAAAGUUUCGAAGAUGCAAAGGAGAAGAUGAGAGAAUUUACCAAAACAAUUAAGCGUCCAUUUGGAGUGAAAUAUAAUCCGUACACACAGAGUAUUCAGAUCCUGAAAGACACCAAGAGCAUAACCAGUGCCAUGAGUGAAUUGCGCCAUGAUCUUGAUGUAGUCAGUGAUGCUCUCACUAAGGUCAGCAGGCAGCUGAGUAUGUGA